AUGGCAGCAGAUGCAGAGAAGGUGGUGAGGUAUGUUGAAGACAAUUCUACCGGAGCUAAUGCAUGGAACCAUGGUCAUCACCACCAUCAUCACAAGGGCGACGAGAAACUGAAAGAUGACUGUGAUGUUCAUGAUAACCAACAAUCAAAAUCUUCCAAGGAAAUUGAAGGGGAAGGGUCUGAUGAAGUUUUGGAUGACACUUCAAAUGAGUCUAACUUUACUCCAAAUGAAUCUCUUCUUCGGAAGAGAAAGACAAUGCAUGAUGUCAAGGAUAAUAAAUCAGAUGCUGAUGCUGUGGAUGGCUCUACAAAAGAUAUUAGAUCAUUGAAUGAAAUAGAGCCUACUCAGUCAUCAUCAAAUCUAGUGUUUGGUUAUCUUAAUCUCUUCUCUGAUGGUGUGCACAAUUUUACGGAUGGAAUGGCUCUGGGAAGUGCAUUUCUGCUUUAUGGAUCUGUUGGUGGAUGGUCUAGAACUCUUUUUUUGCUGGCACAUGAGCUUCCACAAGAGAUAGGAGAUUUUGGUAUUCUGGUAAGAUCUGGUUUCAGUGUACCUAAAGCUCUUUUCUUUAACUUCCUCUCAGCAUUGCUGGCAUUAGCAGGAACCGUGUUGGCUUUGCUCUGGGGAAAAGAUCCAGGACAUUCAUCUUUGAUUGAGGGAUUUACCGCAGGUGGAUUUGUGUACAUUGCUGUUGCUGGAGUCCUUGCAGAAAUGAAUAACGGCAAGUCAACAUUGAGAACUUCAGCAGUUCACAUAACCUCACUAGUGCUGGGGAUGGCUGUUGCCCUUUGCAUCUCACUUGUGGAAUGA